AUGAACGCUCUUUGGGUCCACCGCUUUGCUCAUUUGAAUAUUGUUGCCGAAAGAGAUGGCAUCGGAGAGAUCUGCGUUAAGGGAACGAACGUAUUCUCGGGUUUCUAUAAGGGAUCGGAAGAUCGAGCGUUUGAUGACGAGGGAUGGUUUCAUACCGGAGAUGUCGGUCAAUGGCUUAAGAACGGAUCGCUUAAAAUACUGGACCGAAAGGAGCAUAUGUUUCAAUUGAGUAACUCAUUAGACAUGGAGUUCAUGUGUCCGGACAAGAUUGAGAACAUAUACAUCCAAUCGCAAUAUGUGGGACAGGUCUUUGUCGACGCCAACUAUUUUCAAACUGCAUUAAUUGCUAUCAUAAUACCAGAUGUGGACGGAAUAAAUCUGUGGUGCAGUGAGAAUAAUAUGCUGUUGUCUGCGGCCGAGGCCUGUAAAAAUGUGGCUUUCAAGAAAACUGUUUUAAACGAUAUAAUCAAUAUCGGAAGACGUGAGGGAUUAUCCACUAGUGAACAGGUAACGGAUAUCGCUCUGCAUAGCGAUCCCUUCACACAAGAGAGCGGUUUCCUGACACCGACCAUGAAAUUGAAGAGACAUGAGUGCAGACAACACUUCAGACAUCUCAUCGAAGAGAUUUCAAUGGACGAGAACUCCGAUAAUAUUCAGCGAAUUAUUUGAUUAUUGAAUCAAUCGAUUCGUUUCGACACUUUCGCUAAUUUUAUCACUCAAUCAAUC